AUGCUUGGUUAUGAAGGUUCAAUUGCUAAUAAGUUCACUAAUACAAAAAGAAGACAUCUUAGGAGUUGUCCACAUUUUAGAAAUGGUAGAGAUUCAAGAAGUGUUGGAGAAACAAUGAAAAUGAAAAUCCAAAAAAAAAAACGUAAUGAUGGAGAUGUAAAAUAUCCGCCUUUACUUAUUGAAUUAAAAAAUUUGCCAAGAUGCAGAAUAUUAGUAGUGGGAGAUGUAAAAACAGGUGCUUUAGCUGCGCCUAAAGCUACUGCAACGGCUCAAAAAACUGAAGUGAAAAACUUCAAGAAAUUGAACAAUUGA